AUGUUUUAUUCCAACAAAACUUCUAAGAAUAUAGCAAUAAUCCGUUUACAGAGACAAGUAACAACAACAACUGACUGGAUUUUAAAAUGGCGUCUUAAACUUAACACCCAGAAAACAGUUUCAGUACUCUUCGGGAGUAGCCGAAAUGCGCCCAAACGCCAAAUCAAAAUUCAAGAUACCCCAAUUACUUGGAAAAACCGCGCUACUUACCUCGGUGUCGUCCUCGACAAACCACUUCGGCUUCACCAACACGUGAAAUCUUGCGUUCACAGGGCCAAACAAACCAGAGCUGCACUAUACCCAAUUUUAAAUAGUAAAUCCCGAAUACCAAUGUCAACCCGUCUCACCAUAUACAGGAUAUACAUAAGGCCAAUUCUUCUAUACGUUGCUACAGCAUGGGGCCCACUAAUAAGCGAGUCAAAUUGGAGGAAUAUCGAGGCUGUCCAAAACGUGGCUAUUCGAACAAUCACUAGUGCCCACUUCCUCACCAGGAACAAUAAAAUUCUCCACCCGCCCAUCAGUUCCAUCCGCAGUGAAGUAGAGAGAGCUACAAAAAUAUUCCUGCAUCGAAACUCUCAAUCGUCAUUCUCUCACAUAAGGGAGCUAGGUACAUUACCCGCCCCUCAAAUAAUUUCACGCCGUCCUCGACCUCUAACAUUUACACAAUAA